AUGCGAAUGCGGACUGUUGCCGACUACGCACCCAAGGCUGAGAAUGGGAAGCAAAGGCGCAAACGUAGGAAGCUGGGUUCUGAGAGUCCCGCUCUCGAAAGCAUUGCCGAACCUCCACCGGACGUCUCAUUACCCCAUGUCGAAGCGUCACUCGUGUCGGACAGCUCAAGCCAACUGCCAGAUGAUAAUCCAGAUCUCUCGGAAGCCCCGCAGGAAGCACUUCAGUCGCUACAUCAGGGACCACAUAUGGACUUGCCCGAUGCUUACGCAUUCGACUGGGAGCUGACUGACGUUGACCUCGUGAAUCUGUUCAACAGCACCGGCGAAGCAGAGCCUCUCCAUUUCUGGGAUCCUUGGGCUCUACCAUUUCCUGGCUACAAUGAUGCACCAAUUGUUGUCCCUAACAUGGACAAUUCAGCCUACGUCGGACAGCCUGCCGCUACUGACUUACGUGGGCCUGCUCACGAAUGUCGACCUAAUCCAGGAAUGUCUGAUACGUACGCAGUUGAUGGUAGCAGCUUCGGCGUUCUGGAAGAAUCGCGCCGUAGUGAGCCAAGCGGCGAAGGAUAUUCAGGUGAACUUCAUGAAGCUGCGGUUCUACUUGGUGAAAGCUACGACAUAGUGAAGGCCAGAAUCGAGCCGUUGCUCGGGCAGGUCAACUGUCCUCCAUACCGCGUCCUCAAGCGAUGGUUGGAAGCUUAUUUCCGAGGGUUUCAUCCACACAUGCCAUUUCUGCACAUACCUACAUUGAAACUGGAAUUUUUGGAGCCGUCCGUUGUGUUGGCAAUCCUCUCGAUUGGUGCCCUCUACUGCCUGGAACGCGACCGGGCGUGGGCCUUCUACCAGGCCUCUUGUGCUGCGGUGCAGAUAGCGAUCAAGUCAAGGAAUCCAUCAAGUGGCGGAGAAGACCUGCAAACAUUGCAGUGUCUUCUGCUAAACGUCUCCUUUGCGGCCUGGAGUGGUGACUGUCGGACGUUUGAAGAAAGCCAAGGAGAUGCGUCAAGACUUGUCAUCAUGCUACACAACGAAGCGCAGCGCAGAGAGUCCGGGAACGACCACUUCAAAGCGCCAUCGACGGCCGGUUCGUGGAUUGAGUUCAUUCAACUGGAAACUUUCCGCCGCCUCUACUUCUGCGUGUUUGCGCUUGGCCUCACCAUCACAGAAGUGUAUGGCGUCUCCGCACCAAUAAUUCUAGCUGAUUGUGCAAUAGCUUUGCCGAGCAGUGAAGCAGAGUGGACUGCAUCGUCAGAACAAAGAUGGUGUCAGUUCUACUCCGCUAACCAUGUGGCCACGCCCAACUUCAGAACAGCGUUAACUGCCUACUUAUCGUGCACGGACGAGAGCGCGAAAGAUGCACAGUUGAUAGCUCCGUGCUACAGCUCCCUCGGCGGGCAUGUCCUCAUACUCAGCAUUUUCAUGCAGACAUAUCAUUUGUCGGUAGCGAAGCGUUCACAGAAUCCUCGCACGAUUUUCCACGCGGAUGAAGUGGUCAUAACUCAGGAUCUUGACAUCAGCGAAGCACCCAGUGCGUUCAAAGAGCAGUUCCUCGACAAAUCUCAGAUCACGAAUUUGAAGAGAGCCCUGAAGCGGUGGCAGUCAGGAUGGAGACUUAAUUCAGAAGCAAUGAUGUCGCCCACGAAUCCAUGCGGUCCCAUCAGCUUCAACUCUACGACGCAUUUCCGGGUGACAAAUCUACGGCUAUACAGCGACUUCACCAGCGUCCGGCGAGCUUUGAGAACACAAGAUGCCCACAGGGUCUUCCAGGCCAUUGCUGGCAUCAGCGGAUCUCCUAUACAACGCACCGCCGAUAUGACAGAGACGACUUAUCCUGCUAUCGCUGCUUUGCAAAUACCAAUUCGGACAGGCGUGCGUGUGUUCGCUCAUACGGCAAGCUUGACUUGGUCCAUUGAGCACUUCCUCACUGGGUUCGAGUGCGCGCUGUUCUUGGCCUUCUAUCUGCUGUCCUUGGAAAGAGAUGCCGACAGCGAUUUAUCGGACGAAGAAGUAGAAAUGCAAGAGCUAGUCAGCAACCUCAUUGACGAGAGCGGCGAAGAAUGCGUGCGCUCGCAUGGUGGGCGCGCGAUUCUCUCGGUGUCUGUUCUGAGACUAUGGGCAUCCAUCUUCAACAACGUCUGCGUCUGGGGAGGUGAGUCUCCGUUCCGCAACGGCAAUCUCUACCUUGGCUGA